GGAGAGUCGGUCAGUGUGAGAGUGACUUGGUGACUUGACGAGCGUGUGCGGGGGCCAGCGGGUCAACUCUCAGCUGUGCAUGGCGGUGCGGCUGUUCAGCUCCAGGGAGGCGUACCUCUACCACACCAACAUCGUCACGCUGCCCGUCUUCAGGAGGGCCGGGGCGGGCGACGCAAAGAACGUACUGGUGGCCAUGACGGCUCUGGUGCUGCCCGUUGGGAUACUGCUGGAGCGGUUCUUUGAUGAAAUAGAGAAGGGCAGGAGUCUUGGGGAGGAGCAGGCUGGGGUGUACGAGGCAGUGGCAGCAAAGUUGGUGGAGUUUGGCCUGGACGGACGUGCGUGUGUCCUGCGGUUCAUCUGUGAGCUCCAGCAGCGACGCCUGGCUCGCAGCACGGUGGCGGGGCAGCUUCUGGGGGUGCUGUUCACGCCGCGGGUUGGGGGGCAGGAGGGUGGGCACUAUCUGGCCGCCAAGGGUCUGGGGGGCAGGAAGGGCGUGGUGUGUGCCUCCCACUACAGCUCCUGCCCCCACAGCGCCUUCCUUUACUUCGAGGCACUCAGGAACCUCACCACCACCACCACCCACAGCCCCGGCAACCCACCACUUUGACGCCUUUGAUAAUCUCACCAGCCUCGGCAGCACUCGCCACAAAACUUCCGAGCUCUUCACCACCACCUGAAACUUCUGACACCUGUACCAUCAUCACUGCCACAAUUCAGACCAUCCAACCCCAUAAGAGAAUAAUAAGAAGAAAAAGACUCGAAAUCAAGAGAACCACACUCCUAAGGCCCUUCCCUUCGUUCCCUUCCGCCAUGGUACCUCUGAUGACCGGACCAGCGUCAUCUACAUUCAUGAAACACAUCCAGAGCUCUUCACUACCACCUGGCUCCCUGGACACCCACAGCACCAUCACUGUCACCAGCCACAGCACCAGACAGCACUGAGGCCCCUAUUACCACUGUGGCACCUUUGAAAACCUCACCAACACUCACCAGACACACACAGAGCUCUUCACCACCACCUGGCUCCACAGACACCCACAGCACCAUCAGUCACCAGCCACAGCACCAGACAGCACUGAGGCCCCUAUUACCACAAUGGCACCUCUGAAAACCUCACCAACACUAACCAGACACACCUUGAGCUCUUCACCACUGACACCAUUUUCACCACCCAGGGCAUCAGACACACAAAAGCACCAUUGUUGACCUUUGUUAGCCUCACCAGACGACCCUCAACUCUUCUCUACUGACUUCUGCCACGGACAUUCCCAGAACCGUCAUUGUCACCAUCCACGGUAUCAAGCAUCCCUGAGCCCUGCAUUACCCCCUGACACUCAUGUUCCCAGGACCUAACGCCCCUCAACACACUCUUGCCACACAGCGUCUAGUGUGCCGCAGCUGUGACUCAGGAUUGGUUGACCUGAAACACACCGUACAUUUGGACUGAACUUAAUACUGCCUCCACCUCAACCUGUGACCUGAAUCAAUCACUUGUACCCUUUGUACUUUUACUUCUCCUUUAAAAUCAAUCUCUUCUGCCUCAUGAGCUGUGCUUGUAGCUGCAGCAAACACUUCAUUUUAGGACUCAGAUCUGCUUUUGAAUAGAAAAUGAAAUGUAGAAGAGAUAAAAAUACCAAGUACGUAAGAAGAAAAUAGUUUAAUUUGGUGCAUAAACUUGUAAAGUCUAUUACACCUGUGCAUGUGUCACCUCUUAGUGAUGAAGGAUGAAUACAUAGAAUCAGGAGAAUACGAUGCUACAAGUAACAAUUGAGGUAUGUUAUGAUAUUAGUUUAGAUUAAUUUCAAAAUAGCAAACUCAUAUUAUAGUAAACACUGUAAAUAAAUUAGAGUGACGCUCAGCCUUUCUUUUUAAAUCUCUCUCAUCAUGGUAUUAAUCCUAUCCUAG